CUGUGUCUGCACCCAGCCACACAGGCGGAGUUAGCGCGCUGGAAAAGGGUGCAUGCGUACAAGACAGCUGCUCAUUCAGGCAAAGAGCGCCCGGAGCUUAAACGGACCUCGUUUAGCGUUAUCACUUCAGUUCCGCCUCGAGACUACGCGCUGCGUGGACGCCGGAUCGCGCUCGCCACGUUCAUGGAGGAAAGACGUUGCGUUUGGAAAUACGACGCGCGCUUCUAGAUGGGGUUAACCGCGGUCUUUUCCUCCCUGUCCUCGCGGCUCCAGGCGCUCGUUUCCCAGCAGGAAUAUUCGCGCUGAGCUGUGUUAUAUGUGAGGUAAUGGGAUCAACACGGUCGAAGAAAAGUUGGGAUCUUUAAGAGUCUUCCUGUGUUGGAUAGCAAAAACAUGGGAAGAUAAAACGGAGCGUGUUGGAGCUCAAGAAGGCGACCGAUCGGGUAAUAACACAGCAAGAGGAAAUGAACGGGGCCUGGAUUCUUCUCAUUGUGAUAGAAGAGAGUUUUUCUCUUGCACAGAAAAUCCGAGAGGUGCAGAAUGAGGGCGGCACCGUGUCCAGAUCCGAGCAGUGCGGUGUGUGGACCAAGAGCAUCAGUGGAGGUCAAUUCAUGUCGCCCAACUACCCCAGCACCUACCCUCCCAACAAGGAGUGUAUCUAUGUCCUCGAAGCCCUCCCUCGACAGAGAAUCCAGCUUGUCUUCGACAAGAACUACUACAUCGAACCCUCAUUUGAGUGCCGUUUUGACCACCUGGAGAUAAGGGACGGCCCCUUUGGCUUCUCCCCACUCAUCGACCGCUUCUGCGGCCCAAAAAGCCCUGGGGUGGUCACCUCCACUGGGCGCUUUAUGUGGGUAAAGUUCAUCAGUGACGAGGAGCUGGAAGGUCUCGGCUUCCGUGUCAAAUACACCUACAUAGCAGACCCAGAUUUUAAAUUGCACGUGGGCGGACUCCUAAAUCCAAUCCCAGACUGUCAGUUUGAGGUCGGCGGCUCGGACGGCCUGGUCCGUUCCAGCCAGGUGGUUGAGGAGGAGAAGGUGAAAGAAGGCGAUGCCCUCGACUGCAUCUGGACGAUCCGCGCUCCGCCCCAGUUCAAGGUCUACCUGCGCUUCCUGGAGUAUCAGAUGGAGAACUCCAACGAGUGCAAGCGGAACUUCGUGGCCAUCUACGACGGCAGCAGCGCCAUCGAGAACCUGAAGGCGAAGUUCUGCAGCACCGUGGCGAACGACGUGACGCUGGACACGGGCGUGGGCGUGGUGCGCAUGUGGGCGGACGAGGCCAGUCGGCGCAGCCGCUUCCGCAUGCUCUUCACCGCCUUCGCGGACCCACCAUGCUCUGGCAACACCUUCUUCUGUCACAGUAACAUGUGCAUCAACAACUCACUGGUGUGCAACGGCGUGCAGAACUGCGUCUACCCCUGGGAUGAGAACCACUGCAAGGAGAGGAAGUCAAAGGGCCUUUUUCACCAAAUCACCAAAACGCACGGCACGGUUAUCGGCAUCUCAUCCGGCGUGGUGAUGCUGCUCCUCGUCAUCUCCAUCCUGGUGCAAAUGAAGCAGCCCCGCAAGAAGGUGGUGGCCCGUCGCACGGCUGUCUUCAAUAAGGCCGGCUUCCAGGAGGUCUUUGACCCUCCCCACUACGAGCUCUUCUCGCUCCGGGACAAGGAGCUGUCCUCCGAGCUGGCCGAGCUGUCCGAGGAGCUGGACAGCUACCACAAGCUUCGCCGCUCCUCCACGGUGUCUCGCUGUGUGCACGAGCACCACUGUGGCACACAGGUACCAGCAGGGGGCAGCAUGAAGCACAGCCGCUCCACCCUCAGCUCCAUGGAGCUCUCCUACCACAACGACUUCUCCAAGCCGCCGCCCCCUCCCAUGAAGACCUUCAACAGCAGUGUGGGAGGGGCCGGGGGCGGAGCUGUGGGAGGGGCUGGGAGCGGCUACAAGAAGAGCUGCUAUGGCUACAAACAGACUCACGAGUGCGCGGAGCAGGUGAUUGAAGACCGUGUCAUGGAGGAGAUUCCCUGCGAGAUCUACGUCAGGGGCGGGAGCGUGGGAGGGGCUGCCGGCAGCAUUGGAAGUGGCUGUGGCAGCAUCAGCAUCCGUAACCAUGGCAGCUCAAGGAGCAGCAGUGCCACGGGGGCGGACCCAGGCCAGCGAUCCAUCUCCAUGGACUUCUGAACCUGGAAAAAGAGGGAGGUAGAGGAGGGGGUGAAGAAGAUGAAUGGGAACUGUUAUCGAUCUUCAUGUCUUGUUGUUGGUGAGUUAGCAGCGAGGAGAGCAUGGAGAAGCUGCAGGAUGUUCUGCUGUGUGCCUGAGGAAGAGUCUGCAGGAUGUGAUGCGUGUGAGGUGAGGCAGAGAGAAGCAGGGAAGCCAUUUUUAGCUGUGUAUAUUAUUUUAAAAAAAGAAAAGAAAAAAGGCAGAACAUCAUUUAGGCUUCGUGUUGUUGCUUGUUGGCUUUAACUCACAGAUUUUUACAUCGUUUUGAUUGUGUGGAGAACCGGAAUUAAGCGGAUGAUGACGAUGAUGAAGAAAUGGAGCUGCUUUCUCCGACACCGUCCUUAACCCUCCAACAGUGCAUAUACGCACACGCGCGCGCGCGCACACACACACACACACAUCUUAUAUCACACGUUUAGAAGAGAAAGGAUAGUUCUUCACAUUUUUCCGCAGGCCAAGUGUACACUACUUGGUUUUAAUCAUUGUAUGAUUUGUUUUGUUAAAAAGACCUCAGUACAGAUCUGUGUGUGCAGUUUUCAUUUUAUUAGCAUCUUGUGUACAGUUAGGCAUUGUGGGAAAGCCCUGACACGUACAAACACAAUUAUGUUUUUCUGUGCACACAUUCUAUAAGAGUGUAUGAUGUUCAGGCUACCAGACAGCACCAUACAGCAUGGAAAACAUAAUACAAGGCUGAUGCCUUUUGUAUAGAAAUAUUCUUUUUGCUGGUCUUUGAGGAAAAAGGUUAAUCGAAAUAUAUUUUUUAACACCUGAAUGUUGUCUAUCAAAAUUACACUGCGCUUCCAUUUUAGCCAUGACAUAAUAAUUGUAAAAUGUAAGAAAUGUCUAACCAUGUUUUAAUAAAAUGACAUCCCAUUAAUGUAA